AUGUCCAGUGCAACUCCAUCAUACACUACUGGUCCGCAACAACAACAACAACAAGAAGACUAUAUUUUAGAAUCCACUUCAGAGGAGAUUGAGUUGAUAGAAGAAGAAUGGGAAUUUAAUGCUCCAAAAUACUUUGACUUUGAUAAACUCUCUAGAAAAGCCUUUACUCAUCAAUCUAAGCCUCCGCAUCAUCAUCAUCAACAUGAACAAGAUGAAGAAUUAAAUCAUAGUAAUGCUGAUCAAUGGUUCUUUACUCCUGAUGCUCAACAUUUAGAAUUUCUCGAUCCAAAAUAUAUUGAUAUUAAUAAUCAGGCUGAUACUAAUAAUCAACAACAAAUGAUGAUGAUGAAUAAUUAUGAUAAUAUUGUUGAUAUUAGUACCAUUUCAAAAUAUAGUGUUCAUCAAGAGUCAUUGGGAUCAUCUACUAAUCAACAACAACAAUACAAUGCAACUACUAAUUCAACUCUAGGUACAAUUAAUGCAUUCAAUUCUAUUAGAAUGACACCUGUUAAGAAAGUUAAAAGGAAAGUGUUGGCUAAAUUGACCAUUCCUCAAACUCCAAAUUUUAAAACUGAAAAGAGAAUUAGACAACGAAAUAAUCAAUCUAGUAAUCAAUCUAAUAAUCAAUCACAACAACAAUCAUCUAUUAUGAAAGGUGGUAAAAUUAAUUUAACAAUUGUAAAAUCCUCAAGACCAUCCACUGAUUUGAAAACCUUAAAAGUACAAGAUAGAGAUGAUAAUAUUACUAAAUUUAAAUCUGUUACUAAAAUAGCAAAUACUACAACACCUAAACCAUUCAAAUUCAGAACUGAUAGUAGAGUAUUAGAUACAGAUAGAAGUACAGCAAUGGUAGCAGGUGGACAUUCACCAUUCAAUAAGAGUAUACUUCAAAAGAUUAAUGAUAUGAGAAAUCAAAUACCAUCAAGAUGGAAACAAACUCCAGAUAUGGUUACUCCACAUAAACCAAUGAAGAUUACAAAACCAAAUUCUUUCAAAUUGAGAACUAAAUUUAGAAGUCGUACUAAUACUACAAUGAUGACACAAAAUGCACAAUUGACUACAGCAACAUUCAAGGCUAGACCACUUAAUAGAAAGAUAUUUGAAAGUCAUGGUGAAUUAGGAUUAUCAAAGAUUAUGAAGAAGGAUAUUACACAUCCACAAGAAUUUAAUUUAAUGACUGAAGAGAGAAGUAAGAAGAGAAAAUUUGAUCAAUCAAAAUUAGAAGAAUCGACAAAUAUCACUACUCAACAACCUCAACAACAAUCAAGCGAUUUUACAAGACCAUUCAAGGCUAGAAAAUUAGAUAAUAUUCUAUCUGGUAGUUAUAUGGUACAAUCAUCUAAAAUUAUUUCAAAAUCAACAACCAUUCCAGAAUCCCCAAAAUUAUUAACAAAAUCCAGAGCAGGUAAUAGGUCUAUUUUAUUACAUAAUCAUCACCAACACUCUGAAACUAAUACUUCCAAUUCUUCACAACAUUCAAAUGUAACAUUUAGAGCUAGACCAUUACCUACAACUCAACCAUUCAUUCCCAAAAUUACUCAUACCAUAACAGUUCCACAACCAUUUUCACUUGAAACAGAAAAUAGAGGAACCAUUCAUAAGAAACAAUUAGAUUCUAAAUUGAAUGAAAAAGAUGAAAAGGAAAAUACAUUACGAGUAUUUAAAGCUAGACCAAUUCAUCACUAUACAAAUGUAGAUACAUCAAAGAUUUUACACAAACCAGUUACUGUACCAGUUUCACCAAAUAUUACAAAAGUUAAAUCAUCAUUUAAAGAUUCAAUUCUUUCCUCAGCAUCUGUAGCAUCGUCGUGUGUAGCAUCAACCAUUAUUGGACCAAAAUUACCACACUCUUUCAAGGCAAGACCAAUGCCAGAUUUUAAUUCAUCAACACUCAAGAGUUCUAUUACUACUACAAAUAAUCAUAGAAAUGUACCAAUGGAACCAUUUAAUCUUGCAACUGAAAAGAGAGGACAAGUUUAUCAAUCAAAAUUCAAAGCAUCUGUUCAGUCAAUAGAAAGAGUUUCAAUUUCUAAAAUAGAUGAUGGUACUUUUACAAGUGUUACUAAACGAGUUUACAAUUCAAUUCAAAACUUACGUUAA